GGGGCGGGGCAUGGUGCAGCCGCUCAGCUGUCAAAUCUGCCCCGCUCAGGAGAACGCUGUUUGAGAAGAGGGAGAAUCGUCGAUUCAAGUCAAACAAAUGUCAAGUUUCCAGAGAGAAAAUGAGGCCGCAAAAUCUCUGUUCAGGAGGCUUGAGUCUGCAGUUACUCCCAUCGUGUCCGGGGAGUACAGUCACCACCGGGACAGAGCAGCGAUGGCAUCCCGAGUCUCCUUCACCCAGAUCCGGCUGGAAGCGGAGCUGGAGCGCUACCGGGCCGAGUGCCAGUGGGACAAGAUGCCGGCGAUCAUCGACCAGAUGCAGGCGGCGCGGAUGCACGAGGACGACGAUUACGGGACACUGCUGAUGGCUGAGGCGUUGCUGGAGGAGUGCCUGCAGGAGAACAUGGACCUGUUGCGGAGUUCCACACCUUUGAUGGACAAGACCCAGCUCAAAUUGUGCAGGGCGAAAGGCCACCUCAACACCAUCCUGAGCCGAGGCCGUCUCACACCCAGGUACUUGAAUGAGGCUCUGCUGCUGAUGGCCAAGGUGCAUUAUGUGCAGGGUCGCUACCGUGACGCCCAGGGAAUGUGUGCCAGGGUGGGACUGGAGGAGCUGACACAGGAUGACCAGCCUACCUACCAUCUGCGACUGCUGGCUGAGGCGUUUGUCAUUAAAGGUCUAUCUCUGGACCACCAGACUGUUUCUGCAGUGUCUCGGGUUCGUCUGUCGGAGAGGGAGGAGGAGAGUCUGUCCUGUUACCUCAGGGCCUGUGAUGCUGCUCUGUCCUACCUGCAGGAGCUCGAUAAGGUAGUAACUACACCCCACAGCAAAACAGCCAAAGCCAGUCUGCUUCCUCCACCUGUGGACAUUGACCUGGGCUACUUCCUACAGGCUGCAUUACAGAGUGCUUACAUAUGUCUGCUGCAGAGGGGUCAUCUUGCGCAGGGUGCACACCAACUGCGUAGGGUGCUCAGGGUGGUGGAGUCACGAGGGUCUCAGAGCUUCAAGAAGUCUGCAGCGAGGAAGCUAGCAGAGGUGCUGCUGAGCUCAGUGAGUGAAGACAGCUACUGGCCCCCGCUGGGCCCCCCACCUUCAGCCUGGCUUCACAGAGAGGGAGCUGCCGCCUCCAAAGACGCCAUGUAUCCCACUGUUAAACCACCACAACGUUACAGCACUGACUGUUGCUUUUGUCCUCAGGACGUGGUGGAAGAAGCAGUGUUGCUGCUGCUCAUCACAGAGUCCAUGGCCAGUGGCGAAGCGGUGAUCAGUCGUCUGCCCGACCAGGCCGAUGCCCGCCAGGCCAGCCUGCAGGAUGCCGCCUCUGUCUACGACCUGCUCACCAUCGGCAUGGCCAGGAGGGGGCAGUACGCCAUGCUGUCUGAGUGUCUGGAGCGAGCCAUGAAGUUCUCAUUCAACGAGUUCCACCUCUGGCACCAGCUGGGCCUGUCACUCAUGGCGGCUGGGAAGGGGGUUGGUGCUGUGUCUGUCUUUAAAGAGUGCGCCAGGAUGAGACCAGAGGACCCUUCAUUGCCCCUGUUGGCUGCUAAAGUCUGCAUUGGUCAGCUGCACUGGUUUGAGGAGGCAGAGGUUCUGUCCCAGAGAGUGGUGUCUAUGGGGGAGGAAGCUGGUGAGUUUCUGCCCAGGGCCUACCUGGCUCUGGGGCUCUGCUGCAGUCUACAGGCCUCUGAAGCUACUCUCAAAGCAGAUCGGAAUGAAUUCAACAAAAGGGCGCUGCAAGCUCUGAACAAGGCUCACUCAUUAGACCCCCUGGAUGCUCAGAUUGCUAUGUACCUGGCUCUUCAGCUGGCACUUGUGCGCCAGGUAUCAGCAGCCAUGGAGCCCCUGCAAACAGCUUUAUCUCUCCAUGGAGACGAUGUACACUCCCUUCACCUGCUGACCCUGCUGCUAAGCGCCCAGAAACACCACCGUCAUGCGUUGGACACGCUGGGCUUGGCCCUCAGCCAGCACCCUGACAACUUCAAUUUGCUGUUCACAAAGGUGAAACUUGAAGAGGCUCUGUUUGGCCCGGCUGCAGCCCUGCAGACCUGUGAAGAGAUGUUGCAACGCUGGCAAAGCCGCUAUGAUGUGAGCCGCUCCAGUGAGACAGAUGACAGCAGCAGUAUACCGAUGGCUGAGACAGCAGAGGUCAGCCCUGGUGGCAGGAAACCCUCCAUCCACCUGACCCUGCCCGACUUCCAGGACGCCUCUACUGGUUCAUUGAGCCCUUCAUCAGUCGCAGUGUCUCGUCUGGAAGCGGCGCUCUCUGAGGUGUCAGACAUCAGCUCCACCCGUCGCCAAGGACCCACCUACAUCUGGACUACCCUGGAACGCAUUUGGCUGCAGGCUGGGGAGCUGUUCAUGGCAGACGGUCGGCUGAAGGAGGCCCAGUUCUGCAUAGCCGAGGCCAGCGCGCUCUUCCCCAAUUCGCAUUCGGUGCUGUUGCAGCGGGGCCACCUGGCCGAGCUCCGGGGCCAACUGGACGAAGCCAAAGGCCUGUACGAUGAGGCUCUGGCCAUCCAUCCCACAGGAGAGCGCAUACUGGUGCACAUGGGCCGUUUGCUGGUGAAAAGCGGGCGUGCCCACCUCGGGGAGAAGGUCCUGCGUGAUGCAGUUCAGGUCCACAGCACCUCCCAUGAGGCGUGGAGUGGCCUGGGCGAGGCCCUGCAGUCUCUGAGCUCCAGCCAGGCCCCCGACUGCUUCUUGACGGCUCUGGAGCUCGAGGCCUCCUGCCCCAUCCGGCCCUUCACCAUCAUCCCCAGGGAGCUCUGAUCAUUCCUGGACUGGGGGGGAGGUUUGGUUUAAGGCUGAAGAAUUGUCCUUUGACUGGAUGCAGAUACAGUGGAAAACAGUGCACUCCGACUGAUGAUGUUCUCAGUCAAAAAUGGAGAUGUGACUUUCAUUGUCACCCUCUGAUUUUUCCAAAAGUACUAUAUCUGUACAUUCCUAGCCUGUUCUUAAUAAGCUAUCUUGGAUGAAAAAUGGUAUGAAUAUAUAUUUUCUCCUGGUGUUGAAUAUUAACAUGAAAACAGAUGUGUGUAUAGAAAAAAAUCAUGCUAUAGUGUAAGUACUGUACGUCUCCUAUGGAGUUAUUGGUACAGAGGGAGGUUUCUUUCACAAUUAAUGGCAAAAGAUGAGUAAUAUUUUUAAUGAUCAGAAUCACUGGGCAUCACUUUAAUGGUUCAUAAAUCGCAGAGAUGUGCUGGUUACGUCUUGACAUGGAAUGUAUGCUGUUGUGUUGUGUGUGGAAAUGCAGAUACAUAGAUUAUGUAUAGGCAGCGAGUCACAACAGCAGCCCCACUUCAUCUUUAUUCUAGCCUUUGAUGUAUAUUUGAUGAUCAUGUUGAUUGACACAGCUUUUAUGUACACACACCUCUCUCUCUCUCUCUCUCUCUCUCUCUCUCUCUCUCUCACACACACACACACACACACACAACUCAAACAUUUCCACCCUCUCAUCUUCAAAUGAGAACUCAUAUUUUCUCUAGCAGGGGGCAUUCACUUAUAUCAUUCCAUAUGUCAUUAUUAUGUGUGUGUGUGUGUGUGUGUGUGUUUUCAUGCAGUACGUCUUUAGAUUACAUAUCAUGUGUGUUUGUUUAAGACCAUCCCUCUGGGGUGUUAUCAGUCCCUGUUAUGUUUGUUAUGUUUGUACGGUAUAGUAGGCGACUUAUCCACUAAUAAUGAGUGUGUGUGUGUUGUUUUGUUUUUUUGACUCAUCUGUUAGUAAUGCUCUCCAUUAUAAACAACAAUGGCUUUUAAAAAUCA